AUGGGGUUGCUUCCGCUCGACAAGAGGUUCAGGAGAAUGAAUCUGUUUGAUGUGGGGAAGUGUAUGAUUGAGGGAGUGGAAUACCUUGAGGAGAUUCUCGAGUCCAACAUCGACAUUACAAAGGAGUAUGAAAAAGAUCUUUAUGUACCACUUUUACUUCCAAGGUUAAAGACAGACGAAUUCACCGAGGAGGAUUACAGAAACAGCGUGACCAUUGUUUGCCUGACGUCUUUGGGUGUGAGCUCAGUGAAUAGGUUCUUACUGCGUUUCUUCAGGGGCUUUACUCUUAAGGGUACAAACACUGGGGUUGAGAUUGUGUUCAAUUCAAGGCAGGAUGCUACGGAAUGUUUGCGCCUAAGCAAUAGGGACUUCUCCUUUCUUCGCCCUGCCGAGUACAUAGAGCUUCCAGGUGCCUCGGAAGCAAGAAAUGAAGGGAGUAAGUACUGCAAAGAUGUUCCGUGCGACAGAAACAAGAUUAUACUGGGCCCGUUGGAUGUAAGCCCACCGAUUCUUAGAGAUGCUCUUGACGAAAUAUCGCCUUUGCAAAGCUUCAGGACAUGUGGCAAUCCCCUGUACUUUGUCUUUACAUUCAGGAACCCGGAGUUUUGCGAGCCCUUUAUCAGGGCUACAAGUCAUAUAUUUAUGUCAGACAUAGGCAAGCCUCUGACCUCUGCAAGAGCUUACGAAGGGUGUACGAUUCUGAACCUUGGGAAGAACAUUCCUCACCUUGCUCCAAGAAGAAUGGCGGGACCCAUUGCUCUCAGCAGGGAAAGAACCAGGAUAGUGACUGUCCUGAAUGUGAUAGGGCCUUGGGAUACAGAUGUGUCCAAGGCUGUAGAGGGAAUCAAGAAGAUGUGUUCUAAGUAUGGAGGUGUGAAGGACGUGAUGGUGCCUGGGAACAGUCUUGGUGCAGCCAGACAGCCUGGAAGUUCUCGAAUCUUUGUAGAAUGCAGAGAUCUAGAAACAUCAGAGAGGGUUCGUGACGAGCUUGGAGGGCUUGUUUACGAGGGCCGGAUUGUUGCGACCGGUUAUUAUCCGGAGCUGAACUAUGCUGCCGGAGAAUAUGAAUGA